AUGAGCUCCGAUGCUGCUUCCCCAGCUCCCGCUGGAGCUCGCGCUGCGCCCGCGGCACCACCGCGCAUCGACGGCGGCGAGACUCGGGCUGGCGGCCCGGCCGUUAUAGCCUCAGCAGCACGCGCGGCUACUGCAUCACCGGUCGGCCAGCCCACCGUCGCGGCCCCUGGCGGUGCGCCGCCGCACGCCGAGCCACCGGCGCUCGUCGAGGUGGUCAUCGCGGCACCUGCACCCUCUCCGGCUGCUGGAGGUGCACGUGCGGCUCCUGCGUCACCGGUCGUCGACGGGGUGGUCGUACACCACGCCGUCGCGGCCACUGGCCGCGCGCCGAGCCACCGGCACCGCUCGUGGAGGUGGACCUCGCGGCGCCUGCACCCUCUCCGGCCGCAGGAGGUGCACGUGGGGCUGCUGCAUCACCGGUCGUCGACGAAGUGGUCGUCAACCCCGCCGUCGCGGCCCCUGGCGGUGCGCCGCCGCGCGCUGAGCCACCGGCGCUCGUCGAGGUGGUCAUCGCGGCCCCUGCACCCUCUCCGGCCACCGGAGGUGCACGUGCGGCUCCUGCGUCCCCGGUGGUCGACGGGGUGGUCGUCAACGCUACCGUCGCGGCCCCUGCUGACGGUCGCCACAUCGGGCCAGGGGCUGCCGCCGCCGCUCCCGUGGAUGAUGUGA